AUGCCCACAACACACCUACUUUAUGAAGGUGGGUUACUCAGUCAAGAAGGCGGUGCUUGGAUCAACUCUCGUGUCGUGGUGCUUGCCCACGAUAAAGACCCUUUUUUCGUCUCCUCUCAGCAUAGUCCAUUCGCCCACUUGAUCAAGCACUCGGUAGACCAAGUAUUUCAAAAGAAUACUCAUUCUCAUCAGUUCGAACCCGACAACAGGACUUGCUUGGGUGUUGCAUCGAUACUGUUGUUCAUCUCCUCCAUCGACUCCGCUGAGAUGCGUUUCGUGAGGGCCGCAGCUUUACUUCAGAUCCUCCCUGGUGUUUCGUUUGCCACGGACUGGGUUGCGAAUCACGCUGCCUGUCCCGUAGGAAGUGGGCUCACACUAUCGAACGGUUCCUGUCCCCAACACGGAACCAUACCUAAGGCGUAUCUAACUCGAUUCUGCUACGGCUGCUGUCAAGAUCAAGUCGAGCAAGUGAACAGUUGUGCACGAUGUCCUCCGAUUGGUCUCAACAUCCAGCACAGGGCCCACUGUGGCUCUCGUCACUUGUUUAUCAAUACAUUCGACUCCUCCCAGCUAUGUCCCAAGUGCAAUACACAAAUGUACAAUCUGCGUGUUGACUGUGCAAGUUGUCGGGCCUACCAUCAUUGGACCGUUCGACAGUGCGUGCCCUGUCUAAAUCGUGUUCGUGAGCCCCUGGUCCCUCGAUAUUACCAACCACUGGAUAGCCCAAGUUAUACAUUCAGGGAUUAAACCAAAACAUGAAUGCAACAGAA